CUUAUUUCAAUCUUGCUAAUUCGGUUCAGACUAAUUCGCUGUCUUUCUCUCCUUUCCUUUCUGUUUCACUGACUUUCGCUCGACCAAUCCAGGACUUCAUCGAUUCAUCUGCUGUAUACUUAUUUGAACCACAUCGCAUUCAAACUCUCUGCUCAUAUUUUAAAAUUUUUAUUAUAAUCGCACUUCAUUGCGUCUGCUUCAAGUUUUCAGUAUACCGAUAUGUUUUUCACUCCCGAGCUUCUCGCGCGGAGAGAUAGUGGAUUUGGCCUACUAUGGCUCGCAGCUACUCUAGGCUCGAAAUCUACUUUCAAAAAACUCCCUAAACGCUCCGUACUUACUGCCGAUAUCUCGCAACUGUGUGAACUCAUUGCUCAACCAGAAGAACCGCUGGCAUUGCGAUUAUCGAGUAAUCUCAUGGUCGGAGUGGCUCGAGUAUAUAAAGUCAAACAAGAAUUAUUUAUGAACGAUGUAACAAACUGUGUAUCAUCCUUGAAGAAAGUUGUACAAGACAUUCAUACCAUCGCCGCCAAGGACGCGUCCCUUCAAAUGCAACAACAGACUCGACCAUCUGCUUUCACGAUUGCUGCUGAUCCGCAAGCUCUGUAUUUUUUGGAAUUUGAUAAUUUCGUUUCGGAUUGGGACGAGAUUCUGAACUUGAAUGAUAACAAUGAGAGAAGGCAAGACGGCGAUGAUGAACAAGAAUACAAUCCCACCGGUUCCAAGAAAGCCAGAAAGAAGCAUAAUGUUGCGAAACCCCCGUCUCUGACCGAACAGGUUCGGGCAGACAUGGUCACUCUCAGAGAGCACCACGACCACCUUCUCUCGAACUCCUUCGACCUUUCUUUCCAAGGAAGCCAACGAAGUGGUUUUGAUAUCUCUUCCUCUCAAGCUGAACCUGCUUUUGCUUUCGACGACAAUGUAUUUCUAGGAAUCGACGACGGCCUGGGCAUUGACCUUGGCUUAGGGGAGGAUCUGGCAAGGGAACUUGGAGAAGGUUGGGGUGCCUCUCCUCUCAAGAACGCCGAUAGCAGAAAUCGUAUGGACGUGGACGAGCAAUCGCUUGAUCCUAUCCAUUUCGAGAAUCGAGAAACAGGCGUUGAAUUUGAUUUUAUGCUAGGCGGAGAUGAGUAUGGCACUGGCGGGCAAGGUUUAGAUGAACCAUCAGCCAGUAGGGUCGCGUCUCUCGCACCUCAUACGCCCGUACGAAGAAAGGUCACAAAGGGAAAGGAAAACCCUGCACCGUCUUCACAACAAUUACAAGCUCUUCCACCACCUGCAAGCCCUGCGAAUUCAUUCGCUCAACUGUUGCUUUCGCAGGAUGAUGGAUUAUUGCUAGAGCCAGCUCUGCUCGCAGAUGUCACUUCUGGUCAUAAAAACGUAGAUAAACCUCCAAAGAAGAAAACACACAAACGAACCCGAUUGUUGCUUGAUGCUCGAACUGAACUUACUGACGACGAACUGAAGAUUGCCCGUGCACAAUAUCUCUCUGACCAAUACCUCCAGCGGCGCGAAUUCAUAAGCAAGAGACUAGAAAAGGACAGUGGAAGGGUGGUGGAAGACCUGAUUUGGGGCGUCCCGAAAGGAAUCGAAGCCCCGGCUUUGAUAGAUUUCUGGCAACGAAACUUCAAAGUUCAAGUCGAAACCAGGACGGGUGUGAUACACUUGGACAUGUCGGAGGAGGAUGAACCUCCCACGAAACGUAGGAGGGUGGCUGCUGCACGGGACAGAGGAUUCGAGGAUUACAUGCAGGUAGAUGAAAUGGAACAGCCUGAACUAAACAUGGAGAACGAGGCAGAAAUGGGUCGAGGAGACGAAGGGAAUUUCUUUGAGACUGGGUGGAACGACAUCGAUGUUGAACCUCGAUUACGUUCCUCUGAGGAACCAGGCCAAGCGCGUCAAAUGUCGAAACCUCCCUCUGACAUAGGAGCAAACUUCAGCUUUGAUCUAGGAUCUCUUGGCCGUCAGGAGGGAUCGCAGAGGAGCUCUCUCUUUCCGUGGGAUAAUGCAGGGGCUGGACCAUCCUCUAGUGUCGACGCGUUUGGGGGUGGAAGUGAUAGGGUUAGUAUCGAUCGCGCCGAGAUUAGAAUCCGGGGAAGCUCUUUCAGUCGGCGUGAAAGUUCCCUUGUGCCCAGCCAAAAUGGUAGCACAGGUAUCCGAGGUAUAUCACCUGGAGAUAUCAGGAUACGAGGAUCCCAGGUCAUCGGUGAAGACUUCGUCUUCAGUGGAGUGGAACCGGAAAACGCUCAGACGAUGAAUACACAGAAUACGCAGACGAUGAACACCAACACACAGAUAGAUUCUCAGAAGUCUGAUUUGAACCUCAUCACGCUCGAGCGCAAUUCCUUCAAUUUCCUAGAGUAUGCCAAGAUGCAACAACAAGCGAUGCCCACGGGAAGCGAAAACAUUUCAUUCGACGUUGUGGUUCCCCAGUUGACUAGUACACGACACGUAGCGGCUGCCGCUUUUUAUCAUUGCCUGGUUUUGGCGACCAAGGACCUCUUAAAGGUCCACCAAGCACAGCCCUAUGGAGCGAUAUCACUUAAAGUCUUUGUUAAUUGAGGUAGAUGGACACUAGUGCGGAAUUUCAGCUGUUGGUGGAUGAGGUAGAUGGACUUCAGAGACGAAUGGCCCACCGUAUAUAGAGAUUGCGCAGAAUCAUCGACAACAAUUAUGUGCAGCACUAGUUUGACCACCCUGGUCUUUAGAUUUGAGGUUUGAUAACUUGAAAAGGGAUACAUACAAAGCCGGGAGUAACGGAAACAACACACGCUAAGAGAUAGUUAUCGUGUCGAAAAGAGAGGAGCAGGACAGGAGUAAGAAGGCACA